AUGAGUCCGACUUCGAACGGAAAUGCCAGCUCCACCUCCGAAUUCGCAUCUGGAUCUGCUUUUCUAUCGGGCGACUCUCAAUCGUCCUCUGCUUUCUCCUCAGGCACCGCUUCACCGAGCGCCAUGUCCAGUCAACAGUGGACGUUCUUUUCCAAUACCUCUGGCACUGGAAACAUGAACGCGACGUCGAGUCCGGCUUUUGGAAGCUCAGGCUUGCCUUUCGGUACCGGGUCAGUCAACACAAACUCCACAGCGACGAGUAAUGGCGGCAAUUUUCCCCUGGCAGGAAACUCAACGCAGCCGGUGCCAACCGCUUCAGUGGGGAGUUCUGCUGCUAUUUCAAACUUCUCUUCGGUGGCAGACACUUCAGGUUCUGCUUCAGACUCCCAGGUGGUGUCCUCCUUCACUAGUACCAUGAGCCAGAACUCGACUACAUUCGUCACGGUCAUCCGUACUACUGUUGUCGUCCAGAUGUCAUCCUCAGGCUCCGACGCGGCUACCACAUCGGAACUUUCUUCAGCAUCGUCCGCUGCCUCUUCUUCUCAGGGAUCAUCCUCAGCGGCCUCGGCCACGAAUGCGGUAUCUACUGCUUCUAGCGGGUCAACGUCCACCGCUGCCACAGACGCAAUGAACUGUGACUUUGGUGUCAGUCCAGUAUGCGGGCCCUCGCCAACAACCCCGGCGGCAAGCAGCGAAUAUUGCCUGUGUCCGUUUUGCUACCUGGGCAAUGACUUGUGUAAUGCCACCAAGCCAACUGGAACAAGCUGUCCGGACGGUUGGGCUUGCUCCAUCACCAUUCCUUCGGGCAGUUCGACGGUUUGGUUGAACCUCCCCACCGGAGUUACUUGGGCUACAUCAACCCCAACGCCAUGGAAUGAGACUUGGCAGACUAUUACCAGAACCGACGGAGUGACUGGCACAACCAGCGUGGAAUGGACUGCUUCGCUUUCCACGAGCACAUUGUCUCGUGACGACGGAAGUUACAUAAUCUUUCCUUUCCGAGUCUGGUCAUGCCAGGGCAGUCAAUGUGGUGGUGGUGGACACUCCGACUCGUUUUCUUUGUUGAAAUGCCUCCUUGCGUUCCGUUGCAACACUCCCGACAACAACGGAUGGCAGUUUCCCCCAAUUCCCGUUGUGCCACCAAUUGGCCCGCCUGGUGCUGCGCCCGAAAUUGCCCCGAGCACCUUCUUCGCAAUCAUCGUCGACGUCGGCAACCUCGCAGGCGUCCACCGCCGUUUCCAGUAUUGGAUCGGUGACUUCUUCGGCUACAUCAGAGUCUUCAGGAUCGUCAUCCUCUUCGGAGACGUCUUCUUCAACAAGCUCAUCCACAAGCUCUUGCUCAGAGUCGCCUGUGACAUCCUGCACAGUCAUCUGUUCAACAGUGACAAUUUCCUCGACCGACACGCAAACGUGCUCAACGUCUUUCCAUGGUGGAACGAUCCUGUUAUUUCAUCCUCGGUGUCGGCCUGGCUGUCUCAAUUCCCGUUUAUUCCUGAACUGGAUCUACCUUCCAAUAUUACAGCGUCGAUAUUCUCGCCAAAUGCGACGAUGAUGACUAGCAACUGCACCGACGCCAUUUGCGCGCUCACACAAGGCAUCACAUCGACGACCUUCUCGAUACUGUCCAACACAUCGUCCAUCCGAACGGUGUCCAGCUCUGCCUCUUCCAGCGUCAUCAGCACAACAAGUUCCUGUACUGACGCAGUAUGUGGACUUACACAGGGCCUGAGCUCGUUCACAUCCUCCACUGUGCACGCCAGCAGCUCGCCAGACGCGUCUCCGCCUUUUGUCACGCCCACAACAAUUACACCACUGAGCACCACGACAUCGUCAUCGCCAUCGUCGCCGUCGUCUUCAUCAUCUUCAUCUUCAUCAUCCGUGGAUCGCGGCACUCCCGUGACCAUCACCAGCACGACACGAAGCCUCAGCUCGCUGUCCGUGUUUGCCUGUGCCGGCAUUGACCAGUCAAAUUCUCUACGGUGUACCGCGUCCGCGACCCUCGUGACUGUCCUGCCCACCGUCCCUCCACGAUCUGAACAGAGUGAAGUCUGCGCAUCAUGGACCGCUCCCUUCUCGACAACCAGUCCCGCCAAAGCCGGGGUGCUCAACUGCGCAGCACCCACGGACGCCAGCUCGACCAGCGACGACCUCCCAUGGCCUCUGGUAAUCGAACCGUUCCAUCCAGACGAGGCCAUAAUCAAGGAUUUCUGCCAAUUCAUGGUCUUAGACGACAUCACCAUCAAGAACGCAGAUCCGAACGGCAACACUUCGCCCGCUCAAUGUGCUCGCUACGCGGCGUCAACCGAUCUCCUCAAUGUCCAGGAGCCGGUAGCAGAUGGUAACCAAUAUUACUAUGUGGUCCUUGCUGUGGCAUUUGACUACAAUGGCUGUUCGUCCCCGAAUGACAAACAUAAAGAUGGGAUUUCGUUCAAGGAUUACGGUGCUGAUAAGUGUCGUGACGUUUUGUGGAAGAGUGUGGCCAAUAAAUGCAAAUUCGACCACGCCAAAAAGAUGGGUAUUUCCUCAUAUCCCGCCAUCGGCGGGAUGUACUGGAAAGACUGUAUGCGCUGGACGGUCGUCGCUGUCGUCGAUGAUCACGGUCCUCCUGAUACUCUGAAAGGGCAUAAUGGAUGGGCUGGAAUCCCAACCUAA